AGAUAUGGACAUAUUGACAGGCCAUUACAGCGACGAACUGCUGGAGAGCAUUAAUGGAUUGGCGAUUGGGCAUAAAAUGAGUCAUUCACAGGAAAAUAUUAGCAAAAAAGACGAGAGCACAGAUUUAGAUGGAGAACCAGCAAGGAAGCAAGGGCGAUUUAAUGACGAAGAAAUUCUAUAUGUAAUAGACACUCCGUCAGAACCUGAAACACAUUCGUUAUCCUUGGCAUCGACAAAAACUAUCUUAGGUGAUGCUGUUUACCCAAAGGAUGGCGAGAUAAAAAUUUGCUCCAACUUAGGAGACAUCAAACGUGUUUUGCAAGAUAGUGUUAUUGGCAGAGCCAUUGUUUUAAAGCAGGCCAAUAAGAAAAAAAUUGAAAUAAAGGACCGCGAUGCUAUUUGCAGUAUAAUAAUUACGCAUUUUUUGAACAAAGGAAUCAAACUUAAUAACGCAGGAUUAUCUGCAGUGGCGGAUAGAAUUGUAGAUAUUUUCCCCUCAGAAAAUAAAGCUACUUUUUACGUGGCUCCUAUUCCCAAAAAGCAAUCAAGAUAUAACAGACCAGAAGUUGCACGAGGCAAACUUGUUGAUAAACAAAGGAACAAACUGACAGCCAUACGAAAACAAUUAAAAAGUGCCAAUAACAGCGAAACUAAUGAACAAAGCAUGGAGGAACAGUCAGAAGAAUCAGAAGAUGCAACAAAUGCUAAAAUUUGGCUAAAACAAAAUACCAAAUUGGACCAAUAUGAAUUAAUAAUUGAAAAUUGGAAAAAGGCGUACCCUAUAAGAAAGUUGGAAGGGAAAACAAUACAAGAAUUUUUUAUUGAUUGGCCAAUUUUAAGUACUCAAAUUGCCCCAGAACUUAUUCGCUUGGACUUCGAAGAAAGGUUCCCUGGAAAUAAUAUUGAAAUUACCGAAACCUUUGACACCUUUUUUCAAAUAGUUUUGGAGCAAAGGAGGUGUAAUUUGACGGUAGCCGACAAUACUCUAUUGGAAUUAAUUGACACUGAAAUUACAAAUGAUUCGAAAAAUGCCAUACGUCUGUAUCUGUUAGCCUCGUUAGUUCCGCCUAGGGGCAGAACUAAACUUGGAAGGCAGCAUUGGAAACCCUCUUUACCGGAAUCCCGGGACGGUCUUUUCGUUCAUGUCAACAUUGCUGGCGACAUUGAGAGGGCUAAGAAAAACCGAACUGAUUUUAUGUACCGAAAAAAUUUAACCGUUCAGCCAUAUGUAUUGAUCGUAGGGCCCUCAUUAAGUAAUGUAAGUUGUUCUUACGUUAUUAUUAAUGAACACAUGUACAAAACGCCAUCCGUACUCUCUGCCUUAGACAUUUGCUUUAAAGCUUACAAAGUAUUGGAUGCUAAAUAUUCUUAUGAGUGCCAGCACUUGUGGCUAUUGAUUCAAUGGCAUAUUUAUAAUUUAAAAUGUAAAUUUGAUCCUAAGGUCCCCUUUAUCGAAGACAUAAGAUUCUAGAUUCUGUUUCUAUAGAGAUAAGAAUUAUGUAGAUAGAUUCAUUUCUUUGUUUCGUAUGCUUACGUAAAUUUAGCUCAUUUAAGUUUCUUAUUUCACCCCUUUCUUGCUAAAUAUGAGUGUCUGCAAAUUAUCUGGUUUACAUCGCCACUAUCAGUUUAAUCAAAAUCCUUCAUCAUCUGUUCCUAACUUAAAAUUUAACAGUCAAAAACCA